AUGACGGGAGUUGUAGGCAAUGACCUCCGGGGGAACGCCCUGCGCUGGCUCCUGGCCUGGGGCCGCGCCCGCCCCUCCCCCCCAGGGGGCCGCUGCCGAGCGCCCCUCCCCCACCUGGGCGUGGCCCUGGCGCAGCUCCGCCCCCAGCAGCUCCAGUGCCAGAGGCACGAGCUGCGUCCGUUCCAGACGCUGCCGUUCUCGUCCCUGGGCGCCGCCCCCGCGUCCCUCGGGGGCCACCCCUGGGUGUUCGUGGCGCAGCCGGAGCUCGGCGCCAGCUCGGGGGCAAACAAAGGAAAAAUGAGGGGGAGGUUCCGGGCUCAGAGCGUGGUCAAUGGCUCGUCCCCGGCGUCCUGCCACCCCGUGGUGGUGGCCGACACGCCGCUCCUGGUGGUGGCCCAGCCGCGCGGCGGCUCCUGGGUGCGGCGCCGCUCGGGCUCCUCCUUCGUGCGCCGCCAGUCCCUGGGCCAGGGCCGCCUGCGCCGUCCCCACGCCGUCACCUCCGCCCGCCUGGGCGGCCGCCUCUACCUGGGCGUGGCCGACGGCUCCAAGGGCGGCGUCUCCGCCGUGUUCCGCCGGGCUUCCGGAGCCUUCUACCCGGCGCAGGCGCCGCGGCCGUGGCGGCGCGACACGCGCCUGGAGUUCCUGGAGCUGGGCGGCCGCGCGGCGCGGGUGGCCCGCGGCGCCGCCAGGAGGCCCCGGGCGUUCCUGCGGGGCGCCGGCGGCUUCGCGCCGCACGUGGACGUCCCGCACGCGCCCGACGUCUACGCGGCCGAGCGCUUCGGCGUGGAGGGCGGCGUGUUCCCGUGUCUCGCCCGGUUCCUGGGGGACGCCGAGGUGAGGAACGGGCGGGAGGCUGUGGCGGCAGCCGCCCCGUCCCGCCGCGCUCCCGGCCCGGGCGGUGCCUGCAUUGGAGCGGGAGCCUGCGGGCGGCUCGGGCACAACUUUGCCGGGGCCACGGAGCCGGCGGGCGCGGAGCUGAGCGGCUUCGCCGCCGCGCCGCCUCCCACAUCGCCCGCCCUCCUCCGGGGCUCGGCCGGGCCGGGGGCGGCUGCGGCCCCGCGCCCUCAGGCUGCGCCCGCACGCAGCGGCCCAAGGCGCCCGCCCCUCACGGCACCUGCGGCGCCCCCCUCCCACACGGGGGCCGCCGCCGCCUCACUUGUGGGAUUCUUAGUCCCUGUCUUAAAUAAAGUAUGA